GGGGUGAGGAGCGGGCCGGCCAGGCGGGAGCGACGGACAACGAGGGGUGGCGUACGUUGGAGUGCCGGGGCGUCGCUGCUUGGGCGAAUCUUACAGACACCGCCUGCACACAAACUGGGGGAAGUGACUGCCGGUCGUCAUGUCAGCGCCUCGCGACUUCCGGCCGAUCCAGGGCUACCCGGAUCAGGAGUGGAACGCCAACAUCCGCUCAGAGUACGGGCGCAACUUCAUCUUCCUCGGCUGCGCCAUCGUCCUGCUGGUGGUGUUCGUCGGACUCAUGAUGGUUCUCAUCAAGUACUUCGCGAAUCUGUUCAGGGUCGAGAGAGCGCCUACACACCCGCCCAGCCUAUCCACCAAGCGUCCAAACCCAGUGCGCAUGGUGUGGAGCACGCUGUGGGACCAGCCGCUGCCGCCCGGCAACUUCCGAUCGCAGGCCGGCUUCUACUCGCCCAGCACGCGCCGACUGGACUCGGAGCACGCCUCGCUCUACAUGGGCGAGAUGUGAACCGACCUCGAUCUACAUGGGCGAGAUGUGAACCGGCCUCGCUCUGCAUGGACGAGAUGUAAACCGGCCUCGAUCUACAUGGGCGAGAUGUGAACCGGCGUCGAUCUACAUGGGCGAGAUGUGAAUCGGCCUCGCUCUACAUGGGCGAGAUGUGAACCGGCCUCGCUCUACAUGGGCGAGAUGUGAGCUGACUUCGCUACAAAUGGGCGAGAUGUGAACCGGCCUCGCUCUACAUGGGCGAGAUGUGAGCUGACUUCGCUACAAAUGGGCGAGAUGUGAACCGGCCUCGCUCUACAUGGGCGAGAUGUGAACCGGCCUCGCUCUCCAUUCCGAAAGGGUGACGAGGGAGUGUGUCGCGAUCAACUUAUGCGAGGGGAUGCUAAACUGCUAAAGUGCUUGUCUGCUUGGACAGGAUCAGAUUGUUCCCUGAUCUGCAUGAUUGACCUAUGAGUGUGAAAACGUUACGUACGCGACGCAUUGUUACUAUCCAGUAUCACGUAUAGUUAUGUUAUCAUGCACUUUUAUCGAAACCACAUGUUAGCGCUUCACCCAUCCUAAUGCACUGCAACCAUUGCCCAAUUAGCUCAUUUGUUAUCCACAUUGCAUAAGUGAAUAUCGCUGACCUCUGUGGUGGGAAUGCUUUGUUUUAUAUUUUUAUACACCGGCAGAUCCGGUCCGGUGAGCAUCCAAGGUCAUGAUUUCCCAUGGUAGAAAACCCGUGUCUUCCCCUUAUAUAACAUUAACGACGCCCAGGUGUUUCGUCACUGGCGUUCUUCCCCUUCUCGCACAACUUUUGCUGUCGUUCAACAUCCGAGUUGAGAUCAGCAACGAGUUGUCACCUCUUACAAACGCACAAUGGAUCUGCCCGCAUGUUUUCCAUGUAAUCUCAUGUUAGCAUUAUUUUGUAAAACAAAGAAUCCGUCCAAGCUGAACGGCGGCAUAGAUAAAUAAGGAAAGCAUAGCCGUAAGUUAGACACUGAAACGCAUGGUUGGCUGUGAAUUGCUGAACGCAAAUUUGUUGAUGACUCGAACGUUUGACCAUUUAGAGACCUCGAUGAUCUGCGCUCAGACUCGUUGACCUGUGCGGCAAGCGGGCGUGUUUUACUAUUGUGCGGCUCGUGUCUGCCCGUAACAAGCCGCAAUUGGUGGCCUGAGAGGAUGAACCUACCGAUCUUCUGUUAUGACCUUUGAACCUUUACCGAGGCAUUGUGGUAGCCCAGAGUUCUCAUUCGUGUACAUUACAGAUGUUCUUGACCAAACGACGAAUGUCAAUAAAUAUACAGCCAAUCAA